AUGGCCACCGACAUCCCUGCUGAGAAAUGUGGGAAAUGUCAGUGUGAGACACUCCAUUCUAAAAGCAUCCUGUACCAGAUCCUUAACAAAGAGCAUGGAAGUGAGACCAAGUGGCACCAGCAGCAUUGCAGCCCCCACUGCUCUGCAAGAAGCAAAUGCUGCCCUUGUUUGGACAGAAGAGUUGUCCUGAGAACACCAGAAGCCACAUGCAGAAGAGCUUCUGAAGUGCUGUUGAAGACUUCAACUUUUAUUAGAAACUUACCUUCUUUUUAUCACAUGCCUUGGGAGGAUCAGUUUGUCCUCAUACAACAGAACUGGGUCCCCCUUUUUGUCCUGGGCAUGGCACAAGAAGGAGUGGAUUUUGACCUGAGAGAGGUUCCAGCCACCAGUUUAUUGAAAAAAAUCCUCCUCAAUCAGUCUUCAACAGCUAUGAAUGAACUGGGCAGCUCAUCAGCAGGAGCAUCUUUCACAGAAGUUCAGAAGAUGAAGAAUUUAUUGUGGAAAUUCUGGGACCUGGACAUAAGUGCAAAAGAAUAUGCCUAUCUUAAAGGAAUUAUUCUUUUUAAUUCUGAAUGUCAUGCCCUGAAAUGUCUCCCUUAUGUACAAUCACUGCAGCAGGAAGCUCAGAAAGCCCUGAUGGAAUUUAUCUCAACAAUGCUCCAUGGGAGCCUCAGCAGGUUUGCUUCGAUUCUUCAGCUACUCACGUCUCUUCGAGACAUUGAUGCAGAUGCUAUUGAAGAGCUCUUCUUCAGGCCCAUCCUAGGAGAGGCCACCCUAAAUGUACUACUCAUAGAAACCCUAUAUAUCAAGCCAGACUGGCUUUGAAAACAAGUGACAUCUGAGCAAUAAAAUACUUCAUUUUGAAGAGAUGAGAGAAUAUUAUGAGCUAAAUAAACACAUUUCAAGCAAAUCAUUGAUGAAUAUUUGUAAGCCAUAUAUGCUUCAAUGAUGAAGUAAUUUUGUAACAUUUUAUA